AGGCGACUAGUCAAACAACAUCGUCACGGUACAAAGUCGACGUAUUACCUCAAGAUGCGAAACAAACAGUACAAACUCCAUCAUGUGGACAUUAUACCGUGAUUAUCUUAUACAAUUUAAUAAAAUCACCAACGACGAUUCUCAUUGCGAUAACUGUAUCAGUGGAAGUUACACUCGUGCUCACAAACAUGGCAGAAGCCGUGAAUGAAGAUUUAGUGAAAGAAAGGAAAAAGUGUAAUUUUAAUGUUGAUGAAUUGAUCCAUUUUGUGGACGGUGGAAAAGAAUAUACUCUGCAAAGAAGAGAAUUAGAGGAAAAGCUAGCUUCUGUGAAGGAACUGAAAGAUGAAGUACCAGUAGACUAUCUAAGCCACAAGGAGAAGUAUGAAAAUGCACUAAAGAAAGCCUGUAUUGUAACCGACAUUUUAAACGAUCACAGAAAAAAGUAUCCUUUGAAUCUUUUGAAAUUAAACAAUGUAGUUAGACCAGCAUUCUAUGGCGCCCUCAAGCACGUUUCUCCAUUCUUGCUGCACGGAGGAAUGUUCGUACCCACAAUUAUGGGUCAAGGAACCCCUGAACAGCAGGCGGAGUGGCUGCCCAAAGCCACAGCCAUGAAAGUUAUAGGAACUUAUGCACAGACUGAACUUGGACACGGAACUUUCUUAAGAGGUUUGGAGACAACGGCUACGUAUGAUGAAAACACUGAAGAAUUUAUAAUUAACACUCCCACAUUGACUGCUAAUAAAUGGUGGCCUGGAGGAUUGGGCCAUACAGUGAACCACUGCAUCGUCGUUGCCCAACUUUACAUCAAAGGUGAAUGUUAUGGAGUCCAUCCCUUCAUUGUUCAGCUCAGAGACAUGGAGACUCAUCAACCAUUACCGGGGAUUAGUUUGGGUGAGAUUGGACCGAAGCUAGGUUUCCAAACCGCCAAUAAUGGCUUCCUGGCUUUUGACAACUUCAGGAUUCCUAGGAAAAAUAUGUUGAUGAAGAACUCUCAAGUUUUGAAGGACGGUACAUACGUGAAGUCUAAGAAUGACAAGCUGACCUACGGCACAAUGGUUAUGGUCAGAGUGACCAUCGUUCGCGACGCAGCGUACUUCCUCUCGUUAGCUGCUACCACUGCUGUGAGAUAUGCGGCUGUCCGCCACCAGUCACGACCUAAACCCAAUCAACCGGAGCCUCAGAUAUUAGACUACGUGACUCAACAGCACAAACUGUUCAUUCACAUUGCGACAAGCCACGCCUUCAGGAUCGUGGGUGAUUGGUUGUGGGACACCUUCGUACAGGUCAACUUGGAUUUGAGGAAAGGGAAUAUGGACCAGUUACCAGAGCUGCACGCGCUGGCGUGCUGCCUCAAAGCGGUGUGCAGUAUGGACGCGUCGCUGGGCGUGGAGCAGAGCCGGCUCGCGUGCGGCGGGCACGGGUACAUGGCGUCCUCCAGCUUCCCGGCGCUCCACGGCGUCACCACCGCCACGGUCACGUACGAGGGAGAGCACACGGUGCUGCUGCUGCAGACCGCAAGAUAUUUAGUCAAAGCAUGGAAGCAGACCUUGGAUGGCAAAGCAAUGACUCCCACGGUAUCAUACAUGCUGGAUUACUUCAAAUCUGAUACAAAACCAUGGGAAAAUACUCCUCAAGGGAUCAUAAGGGGAUUCCAAGAAGUAGCGGCAGGAAAAACCAAGGCAGCUUGCGAAACUAUUGAAAAAUAUGUGAAGGCCGGCAACGAUUACGAAGACGCCUGGAAUUUAGCGUCUGUCCAGCUUGUCAAUGCCAGUGAGGCGCAUUGCAGAGCGAUCAUAUGCGAUACUUUUACGAAGGAGAUUCAGCGUCUGUCCAACACAUUCUCACCAAACCUCGCGAGGGUGAUGCAGCAGCUGGUGGAACUGUACUUAGUGUAUUGGACGCUGCAGAAGACUGGCGACUUAUUAGAGUAUUCUACAAUUUCUAAGGCAGACAUAGCUGCUAUGAGAAGAAGAUAUGAAGAAUUAUUGGCCUUAAUCAGACCUAAUGCUGUAGGACUCGUCGACGGAUUUGGCAUCACAGAUGAGACUUUGGAUUCAACUCUCGGCUCAUACGACGGUCGUGUGUACGAGCGUCUAAUGGCCGAGGCUUUGAAGAGCCCGCUUAAUGUUAAACCUGUCGACGACAGCUUCCACAAGUACCUUAAGCCCUUCAUGGCCAAAGCCAAACUGUGAUUUAUAUACUUUAAAAUACUCUUACGCGUAAUAAAGAGAUUUAAACAAUUUAUUUUUUUUAAUAAAGACUGUUAUUUUUUUAUGUA